AUGGCGGAGAGAGGAGACGACGGCUAUGGCGAAGGAUGGAGAAUGACGAAGGGAGGCGACAGCACGGCGAGGCGAUAUCACGGCGAUGACGAGGUAAUGGAAGAAAAUAAUGUUGUUGAUGAGUUGGGUAGUUGUGGUUGGAAGCCAAAAUUAGGCAUGCCAUUUGACUAUGAACAAGCUGCGUAUGAGUUUUACAAUAACUAUGGCGAAAAGAUGGGCUUUAGUAUUAGGAAGUCGUAUGCACACAAGAACAAACAAACUAAGGAACUAACUUCAUGGACUUUUGUAUGUUCUAAAGAGAGAAGUCAGGGUAUUGACAAGCGAGAUCCACUAGUCAAAUUUCCGAGACAAGAGCUUGUGCGUCAAGAGUGCAUUCAUAUGUUGUCAUCCCAAAGAAAAAUAUCUACCACCCAAGCAAUUGAAGUAGAAUUGGCUUCAGAAUCUGAAAUUCUUCUUAGGUCUGCUUAUGAGCUAUUGGGUAAGGAAUCUGGUGGAAGAGCAUCACUUGGUUUCACCAAAUUGGACCAAAAAAAUUAUUUGAGAUCGAAGAGACAAAAAGAUUUGGAAUAUGGAGAAGCGGGUAGUGUGUUGCAACACUUUCGUAAGAAAACUAUGGAAAAUCCAUCCUUUUAUUAUGCAGUUCAAUUAGAUUGUGAAGAGCAGAUAACUAAUAUAUUUUGGGCCAAUGCUCAAAUGAUAAUGGACUAUGCUCAAUUUGGUGAUGUAGUGACCUUUGACACUACUUACAAAUUAAAUAAUGAGCAUAGACCUUUUGGGACCUUUGUUGGAUUUAAUCAUCAUCGAGAAACAGUUAUAUUCAGUGCAGCGUUGAUAGAUGUAGGGGUGAAGGGUGUGUUUUCAAAAUUUAUGCAUGAAAUUGAUAAUGAAGAAGAAUUCAAAAUACAAUGGGACCAAAUGCUUGAUACGUAUGAUGCACACAACAAUCAUUGGUUAAAACAAACUUUUGGUGUGAAGGACAAAUGGGGAUGGCCAUAUAUUAUGAAUUCUUGGGCAGCUGGAAUGAGCACUACUCAACUAAGUGAAUCAUUCAAUGCAUGUUUGAAGGAUUAUAUCAAUUAUGAUCAUAACUUGAUGGAAUUUUUCACGCAUUUUGAGAGAGUACUCUAUGACAAGAGGUAUAAAGAAUUGGAAGCCGAAUAUAAUUUGUCCCAAAAAUUGCCAAGGGUUUCCAUUCCAACUUUGAUGUUAAAGCAAAUGGCAGAUAUUUACACGAAAACAAUUUUUGAGGAAUUCCAAAAUGAGUAUGUGCAGUCCAUUAAAGCAUCCAUUGUAGGCACUCGCAAUGAUGGUGAGAGUACCAUAUUCACAAUUCAAACAACGGUAGAUGGGAAAAAAAGAUAA